UUCUAGAGAGUUCCAAGUGCAUUGUGGGAACGCUAGCCGGCGCGGGUCUUCCUCUUUAGCCGCUAAAAUGAUGCCCACACCAGUAAUCCUUUUGAAGGAGGGGACAGACACGUCCCAGGGUGUCCCUCAGCUUGUCAGCAACAUCAAUGCCUGCCAGGUGAUUGCUGAAGCAGUGCGUACCACGCUUGGUCCCCGUGGCAUGGACAAGCUUAUUGUGGAUAACAGAGGCAAAGCCACCAUCUCUAAUGAUGGUGCCACCAUCCUGAAGCUGUUGGAUGUGGUGCACCCAGCUGCCAAAACUCUGGUGGACAUCGCCAGGUCUCAGGAUGCUGAGGUUGGUGAUGGCACCACCUCAGUCACUCUCCUUGCAGCUGAGUUUCUGAAGCAGCUGAAGCCAUAUGUGGAGGAAGGGCUUCACCCACAGACCAUCAUCCGUGCUUUCCGUACUGCCACACAGCUCGCUGUCAAAAAGAUCAAAGAGAUUGCAGUCCCUAUCAAAAAGGAUGACAAACAAGAGCAGAGGCAUUUGUUGGAGAAGUGUGCAGCCACAGCAAUGAACUCGAAGCUGAUUGCUGGCCAGAAAGAGUUUUUCUCCAAAAUGGUGGUGGAUGCAGUGAUGAUGCUGGACGAGCUGCUGCCACUCAAGAUGAUUGGCAUGAAGAAAGUGCAGGGUGGCGCUCUAGAGGACUCUCAGCUGGUGGCAGGUGUAGCCUUCAAAAAGACCUUCUCCUAUGCUGGCUUUGAGAUGCAGCCCAAACAUUAUGAGAACCCAAAGAUCGCCCUACUUAACAUUGAGCUGGAGCUGAAGGCAGAAAAGGAUAACGCUGAAGUUCGGGUCAACAAUGUGGAGGACUACCAAGCCAUUGUGGAUGCAGAAUGGAACAUUCUGUAUGAUAAGCUAGAGAAGAUCUAUAAGUCUGGUGCCAAGGUGGUGCUGUCCAAACUGCCCAUUGGGGAUGUGGCCACACAGUACUUUGCUGACCGAGAUCUGUUCUGCGCUGGCCGUGUCCAGGAGGAGGAUCUAAAAAGAACCAUGAUGGCCUGUGGUGGCUCCAUCCAGACCACUGUUGGCUCGCUCAGUGAUGAUGUACUGGGACAGUGUGAGCUCUUUGAAGAGGUGCAGGUUGGAGGAGAAAGGUACAACUUCUUUAAAGGCUGUCCAAAAGCCAAGACAUGCACCAUCAUUUUAAGAGGCGGUGCUGAACAGUUUAUGGAGGAGACAGAACGAUCGCUCCACGAUGCCAUUAUGAUUGUACGCAGAGCCAUCAAGAAUGACUCUGUUGUGGCUGGAGGUGGUGCCAUAGAAAUGGAGCUGUCCAAAUAUCUGAGAGACUACUCCAGGACUAUCCCAGGCAAACAGCAGCUGCUGAUCGGAGCCUAUGCCAAGGCGCUGGAGAUUAUUCCCAGACAGCUGUGCGACAAUGCUGGCUUCGAUGCAACUAACGUCCUUAACAAGCUCAGAGCAAAACAUGCACAGGGUGGAAUGUGGUAUGGAGUGGAUGUAAACAAUGAGGACAUCGCUGAUAACUUUCAGGCAUGUGUGUGGGAACCAGCCAUUGUUCGCAUCAAUGCUCUGACUGCUGCUUCUGAAGCUGCUUGCCUGAUCCUCUCAGUUGAUGAGACCAUCAAAAACCCUCGCUCCAGCGUUGAUGGCCCUCCACCACCAGGUGGCAGAGGAAGGGGUCGUGGUAGACCUGGUCAUGCGCACUAGAACCCCUUUACACGCACACCCAUAUGUACCAACCCUGGCUACUCGGGGUGUUGUUGUCUCUGGACUAUUGUAACAUAAAUGAAUGGCCUCAGUUUGAUUACAUUUUACUUACACACCUGUUGUAUGCCUUCAGUCCUUUUUUUGUGGCUGUAAUGCACAAUAUGGAUCAAAUUGCAUUGCUAAUUACAUUGCUAAUGCUUAUCUGUAUGGUUUUGUAAGUAAAUUGGCUGUGGUUCCAUAAUGGCUGUUUGUUUUGUAAUAGUCAGAGACAACACAUUACCAGACGGGAGACUUUCUGGUUAGGGGAAUUGUAGAAGCACUGAUUUCGGUCAUUGAGCCAGACUACAAAUUGUUCCCAUGUUGUCAAUCAUUGGAACUAUUUAUUGGACCAUUAAAACCCAUUCUUUCACA